CGCAAGCAGUGGCGACGGCGCCGCCCUUCUCCCGCAACUCGACGCCGACCCGUCCCCAUCCCACGCCGCCGGCUCUUUCCCAUCCCCAUCCCCAUCCCCAACUAGUGAGUGUGAACCCGAUGUGAGGCGCGCAAAAUCCCUCCGCCAUGGAGCAUAGUGACGGCGAGAUCGCCGCCAAGCGAGCCAAGCUCUCCGCCAGCGGCAGCGAGGACCUCCUCAGCGCGCUAUCCGACGACGUUCUCAUUCACAUCCUUCUCAGGCUCCGCAACACCGCCGUCGCCGCCCGGACCAGCGUCCUCUCCAGCCGCUGGCGCCGCCUCUGGGCCCUCCUCCCGGGCCUGGACUUUCUCCCCGACACCAACCCAUACAGCAUACCCGCCGUCCUCGCCGCCCAUCAAGCGCCGGCCCUCCGCUCUCUCCGCAUCCUCGCCACGGACGCCUCUGCCGACUUCAUGGCCGCGUGGCUCCCCAUCGCCGCCCGCCGCCUCUCCGGCGAUCUAUUCUUCAUCAACACUGUGUCGCCGGACGACGAGGCCGGGGACAGAGGCGCCUUUGAACUGCCAUGCUUCGAGAACGCCACCUCGAUCUCGCUCCAUUUAGGGUUUCUUGGCAUUGCAGUGCCAGCCUCCGCCAUAUCCUCUCGGCUCACCGAUCUUCGCCUGAAUAGCUUCCAGGUCCAGGGUCCGUGCCUGCUCGGUGACGUUGUAUCCUCGGCGUGGUCCCCAUGCUUGCAAAGGCUCACCAUCAACGAUGCCCGAGGCAUCGACAAAUUCACCAUCCGCUCAGAGUCUCUCCUGCAAUUGAAGCUCAAGGAUCUAGAUGGCCUGCAGCAGCUCACUGUCGUGGCGCCGAAGCUCAAAGAGCUAAGUGUGAUCCUUUGCUUUGCUCCGAAUCAACCUAUUGCUAGCAUCUCAGCUCCUGAGCUGGUGUCGCUCCACUGGAAUGAUGCCUAUGAUCCAUGCUCUGUCCAACUUGGCGAGAUGACACAUCUACAAUGUCUGCACGCUGGCAUUUUUCUUGUAUAUGGACCAGUUGACUUUACACCCAAUCGCGAUUGCCUGAGGAUCUUGCGGAACUUCAAGGUCAUGCACAGUCUAACCCUCCUACUGCUCUAUCAUCUGGAUAUAGGUAACUAUCGAUACUUGAUGGAAGACAUGACAAGGCUCCCUGACGUCACAUGCUUGUCCCUGACUGUGAUGUCAAACGGACAUUGCUUUGGUGCCAGCUCAUUCCACAUUCUCGGACUGUGUACUGGUGUAAGAAAGUUGGCACUUAACUACUUUGAGGUGCAGACUCCAUGCCCAUCGAGUUGCAUCUGUGAUCAGCCAAAACACUGGAAAACUGAGAAACUUGUGCUCGAUCGCCUCCAAGAAGUAGAAAUUAGUGAACUAUCAGGAACUGAACAUGAACGUGAUUUUGUGCAACGGUUAUUCAGUUGGGCAACUGCCUUAAAAAAGAUGACAGUAUCUUUUCAUUACUCAAUUACGGAAAGCAAGGCCAAGGGGUUGUGCCAGAUGUUACGAAGCUUCUCCACAUCGGAACUAUAUAUGGAAUUUUAUGUGCACCGCUGUUUGGUGGGGAAAGUUCUGUAUGUUCCUGAAGAUUAACACACUGAUUUGUGAAUUCUCACAAGCUUCUGGUUUGCUUGGUCCUAAUGUUGGCAUGCUCAGGAGUGGUGAUGAAUUCAUGUUGCCAGAAUAUGUCAAUGCUGUUGGGAUUGUCUUUUCUGGGAUGUGUGUUUAUCUGUAAUCUGUAUGCAACUAUGGAUGCUAAUUAAUUUGCUAGAAUAUUAGCAGCUUACCCUGACUUCUAUCGAUGCUGAGAGCAUUUGUUAAGUGGGGUGCACUGCUAUUUAGUAGUCUCAUGGUGAUUUCUGCUAUGAAUUUCUGUUAUUGUAAUGGUACCUGGGACUGGAAGGUCACCCUUUUGAUAUCUUUUGCUGGAGUUUGUGUAAAGGUAUGGUUCUUUCAUGAAUUAUGAGACUGAAAUUAAGUAA